CCCACUGGCGGCUCACCGGACACGCGCUCCUGGUCAGGCCUUGCCUCGGCACGUGCGCCUGCGUCCGUCCCCACCCCAGUUCUUUCUCCAUGGCGACGGCCAUCUCGCUCCGAGGCGCGCCACCGGCCGCUCCCCGCGCGCGCAACUCCGGCCGGCUCGUCCGAGUCUCUCCCCCGCAAGCUUCUCUCCCGCGCGGAGGGGCGCGCGUCGGCCGUCGCUCCCUGAGCGUCUCGGCUGCGGCGGCGGACUCCUCCAGUUUGCCGCCCGUCACCGGCGCGCCCGCGUGGGACGCCCUCGGCGGCGUCUCCGUCCUCGCCGCGGGCACCGGCGACGCCGUCCCGCUGACGGACCUGUGGGACCCCACCGAGGGGGUGGCCGUGGUGGCGCUGCUGAGGCAUUUCGGGUGCUUCUGCUGCUGGGAGCUGGCCUCGGUUCUGAAGGACUCCAUGGCGAAGUUCGACUCGGCCGGGGCUAGGCUGAUCGCCAUCGGCGUCGGCACUCCCGACAAAGCUCGCAUCCUCGCCGACCGGCUGCCGUUUCCUGUUGAUUUCUUGUACGCGGACCCCGAUCGCAAGGCUUACAACGUGCUGGGACUGUACCAUGGUUUGGGUCGGACGCUCUUCAGUCCAUCUAGUGCAAAUAUAUACUCGAGGCUCGACUACAUCAAGAAGGCGACGAAGAACUACACCCUGGAAGGCACCCCAAACGACCUGACCGGUGUCCUGCAGCAGCAGGGUGGAAUGUUCGUGUUCAGAGGGAAGGAGUUGCUGUACGCAUGGAGAGACGAAGGCACAGGCGACCAUGCUCCUCUGGACGAUGUGCUCAGCGCCUGCCGCAAUGUUCUUUUUUUGAAAUAAAUGCCGCAAUGUUCCAGUCGCUUGAUACUUCCCCCCUUUUGUUAGCCGGAUGUGCAAGGCAAUGCAUGUGCCGGAUACUAGCUAGACUGAAAAACGGCUCUGUUAAAAAAAACCGUUCUGUUCAUCCAUCGGACGCAGUACUGAAGUUGCUAAA